UCCAGUGAGAAGCCAAGUUGGGCCGAUUUGGUAGAGGAAGGGGAAGCAGGUAAAACACUUUUACAAUGUGAUCUGCUCGUUUAGUGUGGCCAAUUUUAUGCGUUUUUUCUCACAAGGCUAGUUUUAUUUUUAAAGGUUUUACGUUUUUGAUAAUAUGAUUUUUAUCAUAUUUUGACCUUGGGGUACACAUUUACUUUAUAUCUGAAUCGGAUGCCUUUGACAUAAGUUAUCUUGGCAGUAUUCGGAACAUUGUUCAACAUGGUUUCUUUGGAAUGAUUGAGGUUAAUAUUCAGUUCAAACUUCUUUUUAUUUAUAAAGCUAACCAAAAAAAUUUACUUAUUUUUCUACUCUGACUCAAUUUUUAGUUCACUGAAAGCUGUAACUGUGUUCUUAUGUGUGACAAUUACUUUGUAGACCACAUACCUCCUCCAACAGAAGUCAUCAAUGGAGACACAAAAAUCGUAACAGAAUUUAAAAGAAAUGAAGAGGGAAAGCUUCUAAAGGUUAAUGUCAGAAAAGAGAACAGUAUUGUUUACAGAGCACUUAAAAUGUGGCAAACAGAGUUAAAUAUAUUUUUUACAAUACACUGAUUGCACCUGCAUCAAACUUUUGACUGUCUGGUAGAGUACUUGGCAAGAUUUCUUUAUAACUGCAUACUUCAUUAUUCGUACUGUCAUUUGAAAAGAAUCAGAAAACAAUAGUUUACCUUUUAGAUCAAUGCUUUGUUUAGAACUGAUUAGUAUGGGGUUAUUUGGAAAUCUCUUCAAGUAAUUCCUUAAACAAACCAAUCUCCCACUCUGAUAGUGUCUUUUUUAACCCUUGUGGAAUUUACCUUGGUCAUUGUGGAUUUUUCCUUGAAGUGUAAAUUUAGAUUGCUGAACUUUUUUCAAAGCUUACAAUUUUUCUCCCUUAAUUUAUCUCUCCUAGAUUGUGAGGACUUUCAAAAUUGAAACGAAAAGAGUUUCUAAGACAAUUGCAAAGAGAAAGGUAGCAGAGUUUGAUUUUUAAAUGUACUAUGUCAUUGAAAGGCUAUUUGCUUUUUUUAUAAUGUGUUUGUCAUGGUCCAGUCUUUUUUAAAAAUGAUUCUUUUUAUAUUUCAGUUAUGGAGAAAAUUUGGAGAUGCAAAGAAUGAUGGUCCUGGUCCUAAUCCCUCGACAACAACAGUUACUGAUGAUGUGUUCCUUAUUCUCACCACAAAUAAGGAGGUAAACGACUAAACCUCAGCAGGUUUCUCGUAUAUGGCUGUAGUAACUGUAUGUGACAGUUUAUGAAAAGGAGUUGCAUACCUGCCUCAUGAAACAUGCCUGUAGACACCUUUUUCUUAUAGAAAAAAUUUGAAAUCACUUGUCCUUAAGUAAGGUAGCUUUACAUUGUGGUUAGCUAGAUGUUAAGUGUGAUACAUUUAUAUUUUUUGGGAUCUGGCUUAAAAUUUUUUUUUCAAUGAAUUUGGUACAAAAAGCUGAUGUGUACUUGGUAGUUUUAAUGCUCUUCAUCAGCAGUGUAUCUGGAAAAUGAUAAGGUGGAUUAUUAGAGUGUAGAGGAAAUGAUGUUGUAAUUUGCGCCAGACUGUGGUUUGUGGGAACAGACUGCCAUCUGUUCUUUACCACACCACUCGGUUGAUGACAAACUCACUUCUGAUCCUCUUUAGGAUGUAGUUUGGUUGGAUCAUGUCAAAAGUCACUAUCAAGAAAAAUUUUUUUUUGAUUUACAUCCUUUUUUUAACUUUCACCAAACCCUUAACAGGGUUUGAAGUCAAAAUUAUAUUUAAUGAAUUGAAAGCUUAUAACAGAAUCUUCAGAGCUCUCUGUUUCUCUCUCUAUAAAUGCUUUUAAGACACUAAGCCAUAUGUGUUUGUUAAUUGGAGGGCUCAGAGCAAGAACGAUCUCUUGAUUUUUCGGCCAUUUUUGAAAGUGUCCACAUGCCAAAAUUCAACUACUUCUGAACACUUUCAAAAAUGGCCGAAAAAUAAAGGGAUCGUUCUUGCUCUGAGCCCUCCAAUUGAAAAGUUUUCAAUCAAUCUGUCUUUUUCUUUUCUCUAGGACCUUCAACAAGAUAAUGAUGACCCACUGAAAAAGUUAGGUCAAAGUUCACAGAAGAUUGUUCAGUGCCGUAUCUGUAAAGGGGACCACUGGACAACAAAGUGUCCUUACAAGGAUCAGCUUGAGGUUAUACAAGCUCAAGUCAAGGAUGAUGAAGCAAAAUCUGCAGUUGAUGCUGGUAAUGAAUUAGAAUAAACCCCACUUCUUUUAGAAAGCUAUUUUGAUCAUUUUAGGCCAAGUUAGAUUUGUAUAACUAACAGGAUGGUACACAUAUUCCAGAUAGAAAGGUGUUACUUUUUUGUGUGGAAAAAUUUUACAAAAUCAAUUUUUAAGGAAUUUUAUCCUCAGUCAUCUUAGAAUCUUUAAACUCUAGACACCAUUUGUAAUUUGGAAAAAAUAGGUUUUUGAUUUUUUCUAUUUAAAACAUGGUAUUAUUUCACACUGUGGGAUGACACUUAAUUUAUUGAACCUUCACUAUUAUUAUCAAGCUAUUGAAAAGAAAAACCUAGAGGGUGUUCUUCUGAUUCUGAUCCAACACCAAAUUCUCCUCUCUAGGAAAGUUUUCUAACAGGAUCUUGAGAAUUAAAACUUUGAUAUUUUUGCAAGUGAAGUACAUGAACUUGUUGAUGAAAUUUCUUAAUUGUUUAUAAUAAUACAGGAGGAGCAGUAGGAGGAACUGGGGAACAGCCACAAGCAUCUAAGACUGGAAAGUACAUAGCACCAAGUUUGAGGGAAGGGGCUGGAAACAGGCGCGGAGAGACUAUGCCAAGGUCACAGAGAGGUAUAAACCUUUUAAGGGUUUGCAAUCAGGGGCAAAAAUACUUGAUGAAUUCUUUUGAAUUCAAAAGGUAUCAUUACUAUUCAAUAGUUCCCCCCGUCCCCCAAAACAAUGUUGAACUCUGAGCAGUUAGAUAGAAAAACUUGACAUUCAAGAUGGGAAGGGUAGGGUAUACUUGCCUUACUAGGUAUUUUUGAGAGCAAAAUUAAUUUUCUUCUCCUUGUCACCUCAGAAGUUAGUGUAAGAGGUGAAUCAGCAGUGGAGCUACUUACAACAUGUAAUGUACAAUGAAAUGUAAAAAAUUAUCCACUGUUAUUAUUGACUCUCACUCAAACAAAAUCUGUCCUUUUCCCAAUUUGCGUGCUACAGUGAUAGAAGAGUGUGUCUUGCAAGUUUUUUAGUUGAAUGUUGAUUUGACCUGAUUUUCUAGGGCACAAGAUAAGAGAUAAAGUUGUGUAUUAAAAACUAUUUAUUGUACCCUCCAUUCAGAUGAAACAGCCACAAUACGUGUGACAAACUUGUCAGAGGAUACUAGGGAAUCUGACCUCAUGGAACUCUUCCGUCCAUUUGGACCAAUCUCAAGGAUUUUCUUGGCCAAAGACAAGAAUACCAACCAGUCUAAGGUAGUGGCUCCAAAGAUAAUUUGUCUACUGUGUGUGUGUAUUUUCCAAGGGAUUGAAUUUGUGGGAGAGAAUGAAUUUAUCUCAUUUAUAUAUGGUCUAAUAGUAGCAUAAGCUGUUUCUUGUCCUUGUAAACAUCCACUUUUCAUCUUUGCAGAAAGGGGGUGGGGGGGGGGGAAAGAGUUGCUUAAUGGUUAGGGCACUUAACACUUUAGUUCCCGUGAGUGACCAAGACAGAAUUUCCCCUUACUAUAUCUAUGCAAUAUCAUGCAGACAACUGAUGAGAAUAAAGGAAAAUAUCAAUUCUGGGAUUACCAAUUGAUCUGUUAAACCAAAUUCUCCAAACUAACAUAAUGAGAAUCAUUUGGCAGACAGUAAGGAGAAUUACUAAUGAAAUCUUGGGAGUUUAGGGGUUAACACUGAGUCAAAAGAUUUCAGGUUCAAACCUUGGGCAAGUCAUUGUGAUCUAUGAAUAACUGUAAAUAUAUGCAAAUCAUAUAUGUGAAAUGCAGAUGUAGAAAUGAAUAUGAAAGCAAUCUUUGUAGUAAUGAACACAUUGUGUUGUGUUUAAGGGCAAGAUAUUUUACUCCUGCUGUGCCUCUCUCCAGUAGUAUAUGUAAGUGCAGGUGAACUGUCACAGAAAUCUGUUGAAAUUCUGAUGGGUAACUUGUGAUUGACUAGGGUCCCAUUCAGAAGGAGAUAUUGCAAUACUCUUUCUUGCUUCUUGCUGGAGAAAUCUGUCCCAACUAGAGGCUUUUAACCUUUUACACCCUAACAUCAGUAUGCAUAUUCUCCAUACUGUUCUCGUUACAUUUCCUAAGGUGCUGACAAGGAGAAUUUGUUUAACAAUCAAGAGCUUCUUUAGUUGGGGAUCAUUUCUUUUAUUCUCAUGCCCAUAAUGUUUGAUUCAGGGGUGACAUUUUAAGGAGAAAUUAGAUGCUAAUCACUCUCAGAGGUCAAAGAAUAAGGGGUGGAAGCUUUGAAAAAAGUAUAUUUACCCUUUUUACGCUUUCUGUUCUGCAGGGUUUUGCAUUCAUCAACUUCGUCCAUCGUGAGGAUGCCGCCCGAGCUAUUCAAAGUGUUCAAGGAUUUGGUUAUGAUCAUCUGAUCCUGAGCGUGGAAUGGGCCAAGUAA